GCAGUUGGCCCCGACGGUCUUACCGAUUACCAGAGGAAGAUGAAUUCUCAGGAGAAGUGCAACAACUUCAUGCGCCAGUUCCGUGAUGACGAGUCGCGGGAACUUAAAAAACUCACCGCCAACCAGUUCAUGGAGGUCUGGAGCCACUAUGAUGCUGAUGGUAACGGGUACAUUGAGGGCUCUGAGCUGGACGGCUUUCUGAAGGAGUUUGUUUCUUCUGUUAACGCUAAUGAUGCCGGGCCUGAGGGCGCCGGAACAGCACCUAGACGUCUGUCUGUGUCCGAUGCCAUGUUGGUUGAGCUCAAGGAAUGUUUUAUGGAGGCUUAUGACGACAACCAGGACGGCAAGAUUGAGAUUAGGGAGCUCGCUCAAUUGCUGCCAAUGGAGGAGAACUUCCUGUUACUCUUCCGCUUUGACAAUCCUCUAGAGUCAUCCGUCGAGUUUAUGAAGAUAUGGAAAGCUUACGACAAAGACAACAGUGGUUACAUAGAGGCUGACGAGCUCAAGAAUUUCCUACGGGACUUACUGAAGGAAGCCAAGAAGGAUCAGGACGUCUCCGAGGACAAACUUAUUGAGUAUACUGACACCAUGCUUCAAGUCUUCGAUCAAAACAAGGAUGGAAAACUGCAGCUCUCAGAAAUGGCUAAAUUGUUGCCAGUCAAAGAGAAUUUCCUGUGCCGUUCGGUGUUCAAGGGCGCUUCCAAGUUGACGAAGGAGGACAUUGAAAGGGUAUUCGCGCUCUACGACAGAGACAAUAACGGAACCAUUGAGAACGAGGAACUUAAUGGGUUCUUGAAGGACCUUUUGGAGUUGGUCAAGAAGGACUACGAUGCGCUGGACCUACAAGAAUUCCAGGACGCCAUUAUGAGAGGCUGUGAUUUCAACAAGGAUGGCAAGAUCAACAAGAAGGAACUCACCAUGAUCCUUCUCGCUCUCGCUAAACACGGCGCUGAGGACGACAUGCAAACCGGGACAGGCAUGGUCGCCAACAACCCCUUGGCAGAGAUCGCGACCAUCGGCAUGAAGGCGCUCAAACUACAGAAACUCCGCGUCCGCCACUUUGUAAACCGUACCCUUGGCACCAACAGCACCAGUUAGUUACUUGAAGAAUCACUCUAAAUCUAAAAGAGGGGGCGAAGAAGAAUGGAAAAGAAAUAAGGUUACAAAGCCAGUGAGGAUGAGGGACAAACCGAAGUAUAUACGAAUGCGGUUGGAAUAAGGACAUUUUUUAUUAGCAUUUCAGGGUUGCCAGCUGAGGGGCAUUUCUGGGUUUGGGGUUCAGUUUAGGAAGCAUUUUUGUGUAUGUUUGUGUCAGCCUCUGGUGAUUUUUUUACGGCAUUGACACCGUGCUUAAAUGAUGUCGCUCUUGAGAAGCUCCUCGUGUUUUCAUCGUGGCAUAAUUCCAUGAAAUGUAAUGAUGCAUAAUUUUACUUCAAUUCGGGAAGCUUGUUCACAAGGCAAAGUGAAAAUGGUGAUGAAUAUAGGAAUGUUAGAAAAACGAGGUGAUAAUACUAGGGAAUUAUUCUUUAAGUUGAGCGAGAAAGUGACUUCUUCCCUCUACUACUCCAAGACUAUAUAAAUUUUGUUCAGUCUGUCUGGCGGCAAGAACCCAGUGUUAUAUGGGACUGGCUUGGCUUGGUCCCACCUUUAUAUUCGCCAAGUAUCAGGUUGUGAAUAUAUUAUUGGCCAUUCUGUCAGUGUGGGAGAUCUCCAGCUAGGCUCAUAUCUCUAGCAUUUAUACUUAGGAAAAGCCGAGUGAAAAGAUCUCCCAAACUGACAAAAAAAUAUUCUUACUCCACCUGGAUUGUGUUGUCACCUUGAUCUAAGAAGACGACUAUCACAUUAACACAUAAUCAUGUUAUGCUAACCAUGUUAUCAUUGUAUUCUCAGUAUUUAGUUGGGGUUUUCAACUCCUGCUUGAAGGCGUGAUGUACUUGGGGAUUGGGAAGUGUUCUCUGUCUGCGUCCAUCCCUGUGGCCUCACCAUUAGUUCAAGAGAUAAUACUGGACCCUUUGUCUGGGUGCUGAUGCUAUGGCCACCUUAUUAGAGAUUUUAUUGUAAAUAAAAAUUUAAAUGAAAUAUUAAUUUGAAAAGGAUAUUUGGUUCUUUUAAUUACUGUACACGGAAAAUGUUUGAGCGAGUGAUGAGAACCAGUGCGCCUGAGUCAGCAUUUCAGGCAAUAGAUCUCGUUGAGCCAAUGUCAGCGAGUUAACCUGGAAACGACUAUUUCUUGGUUCUCUGUUACCUCGCCUCGUCCCGCCACUGAUGAUGGGCAUCAGCCAGAGAAGACCUUCCAACCACUAAAUCCAUGCUUGCCAAUUGUCAAUUUAUUCACAUAAUCUUUCGACAUUGCCUUCCUCACAAGAAAGGUUGUGUAUAUAUGUCCAGUCUUAUUAUAACGUGGUUACAGCUGAAGUUAUAUCAUAUUUUUAGCAUUUACCUUAAAACUAAAGUCAUAAUCUGCUCAUGUAACAAGGGUAAAUUUUGGUUUCAACGAUUUUAAACAAGAUAAUUGUUGGAAAAUCAAAUGGUUUUGGAAAAUGAAUUUAUCUCAAAUCAAAACUUGGGAUGAAAACAUUCGUCCUUGAUCUUGAUUUAGGUUAUUCAUUGGCACCAAAAGAACCCUGAAAUUUGAAUGUUUACCCUAAGCCUUACGUUAUCUCACCUGUUUCUAAAGGGAGUAAAGAAAAUUAAGAAUAUCAUUUCAUGGGGCAACUAUAUUGUCUUGACGCCAUGUUAUCUUCAUACCUUGUUGCAAUUGCAUUUUUGCACGUUCUCUCCUGUAAUUCUCUAAUCUUCCAAACUUUUUGAAAAAGGUCUCCUGCGCUCCAUAUCCUAUCAAGAAUAUCUUUAUACGUAUAUGUUAAACUGUAAUAUUAAAAGCUUAUUUUCUGAAGAUCCAUCAAACAGUGGAAAUGGUAAUAGCUGUUGUUAUUCACGCCGGAAGACGGAGCAGACACGGAAAUAGACUGUUUUCUGCUGUAGCUUGUAACGCAGGAGGACUACUUGCCAAGCACGGAGACCUGCGACAGCCCUUGUUGAUACAGCUUUCAUAUAGUCCACUUCUCUACAGUGCUAAGAUAAACCUUUACCUCAACGAACCAACUAUAUAACCUAUGUAUUUGUGACGAUGGUCUCCUUGUUCAGGGUAUGUGUCCUCCCCGCGUGAUUGCUUCUGUGUCCUGUUCCAGCUUCGAGGUGCAGUAUAGAUGUUAAACAACGUUAUGACGUGUAAUGAAGUCUUUAGAAAGUCCCUCGACAACAACAAUGAAAUUAAUGUACAGUGCAUAUACUUACAGACCUCCCAAGCCAUAAUAGUAAUUAAUGAUAAAUACGAUAUACCUAGAUAUUUUGAACCAAGGGCAGAUGUGUCGUUACGGGCAACAUUUCCCAUAUACAGUAAUGAACUCGUAAUGACUCUCACUAGAUUUGGAAUAGCUAGGUACUUUUUGUGCAUGAACAUUUUCGGUCAUUUCUAAGUAAUCGAGGACUGUAAGUAAGUACUUUUUCCAGCCAAUGGUGAUAUGUGGCUGCACUUUCUUGUUACUUAUGUCUGUGUUGUUCUAAAAACGUCGUGUGAAUACUGAAAACAAUAAAAAAAAAAUGUGUCCCACGCUGACAGCAACGAUGCCAGAUGGUGGAGCAAUAAUGCAGCCCAUCAUUCGUAAGUCACACUUAUGUUUGUCUUAUUUUGGAAUUUCCAUUAUAUCUUAAAGAGUUAUUUCCGAAAAACUGCGUCUGUACAUACGUGUCGUUAGGUGUAUAUCAUUACCAGAACCAGAAUAUAACCACCCAGUACGUUCUCAGUCUGGCACCGUCGCUAGGAUCUGGCAACACUGUAUGCUAUUUGUGCAUUUGUUAUCGAUUCAAACGUAUAGUCCUGACGACAUAUUUUGCCUUUUGAAGUAUGCUGGAACCCUAUAAAAAAAUAUUACUCUAAUAAAUCAUUGAGCACAAGCAGAAUAAGCAUUGCUGGGUCCUUGACUUGAAUGGUUUAACUUCAUUUACUGUAAUACCAGUUUUCAAUAACAAAUAAAAGUCUUCUGUUA